UCAUCCACUUGUUGAGUUCACAACGGUUCACCGUCGCUCUAUUUAAAGAGGACACAACAUGGACCGCGCCGCUUUGGUCAGACGGGAGUCGGUGGAAACAGAGAUGCACACUUCCGAGGAACGAGGCAAAACGUUCGUUUACACCAAGAAGAGGGGCUACGAUGUUACCCGAACACCCGCCCUAAACAAGGGCAUGGCUUUCUCCCUGGAGGAGCGUCUCCAGCUGGGGAUCCACGGCCUGCUGCCUCCCUGCUUCAACAGCCAGGACGUCCAGCUGCAGCGCGUGCUCAAGAACUACGACAUGAAGGGAGACGACCUGGACAGAUAUGUUUUUCUGAUGGGGCUCCAGGACCGCAACGAGAAACUGUUCUACCGGAUGCUAUCGUCAGACAUUGAUAGGUUCAUGCCCAUCAUCUACACCCCCACUGUGGGCCUGGCCUGCCAGCAAUAUGGACUGAUAUUCAGACGACCUAGGGGACUGUUCAUCACAAUACAUGACUGUGGCCACAUUUCUACAUUGCUCCAGAACUGGCCAGAAAAGGACAUCAGGGCGGUGUGUGUGACGGACGGAGAGAGGAUCCUGGGGCUGGGAGACCUGGGCUGCUGUGGCAUGGGCAUCCCAGUGGGCAAGCUGGCCCUCUACACAGCCUGCGGAGGUGUGCCGCCACAGCAGUGCCUGCCUAUCAUGCUGGAUGUUGGCACAGACAAUGAGGUGCUGCUGAAGGACCCUCUCUACAUUGGGCUGAGACAUAAGAGAGUGCGAGGCCAGGCCUACGAUGACCUGCUGGAUGAAUUUAUGAAGGCUGUGUCAGACAGGUAUGGAAUGGACUGUCUGAUUCAAUUUGAGGACUUUGCAAAUGUUAACGCUUUCCGGCUGCUGAGCAAGUACCGCAACAAGUACUGCACAUUCAACGAUGACAUCCAAGGUACGGCUGCAGUGGCAGUAGCUGGACUCCUGGCCGCUCUCCGCAUCACUAAGAGCAAAAUGUGCGACCAUACCAUUGUGUUCCAAGGUGCAGGAGAGGCAGCAAUGGGGAUUGCUGAGCUGAUCGCCAUGGCCAUGGAGAAGGAGGGACUUGCUAAGGAAGAGUGUUUGAAAAAGAUCUGGAUGGUGGAUUCCAAGGGUCUCAUUGUCAAGGGUCGAGACAACCUGACUCACGAGAAAGAGAGGUUUGCUCAUGGGCACCCACAGAUGAAGAAACUGGAGGAUGUUGUUCGAGAACUGAAACCUACAGCUAUCAUUGGUGUGGCGGCCAUCCCCGGGGCCUUCACCCAGCAGAUCAUCACAGACAUGGCUUCCUUCAAUGAACGCCCAAUCAUCUUUGCCCUCAGCAACCCGACCAGCAAAGCAGAAUGCACUGCUGAGCAGUGUUACACACUCACAGAGGGGCGGGGCAUCUUUGCCAGUGGCAGCCCAUUUGACCCGGUCACCCUGUCUGAUGGGAGGACAUUCUUCCCCGGUCAGGGAAACAACGCCUACAUCUUCCCCGGUGUUGGCCUGGCUGUCACCGCCUGUGCCGUCCGACAUAUCAGUGAGGAAAUCUUCCUCACUGCAGCAGAGGCUCUCGCUCACCUGGUGACAGAGAAGGACCUGGCAGAGGGAAGGCUGUAUCCUCCACUCAGCUCCAUCAGGGACGUCUCUAUCAAACUGGCUGUCAAGAUCAUGGAGUAUGCAUAUGAGCACAACAUGGCCACACUUCGCCCGGAGCCGUCCGACAAAGAAGCAUAUGUGCACUCCCUCACCUACAGCACUGACUAUGAUGAAUUUUCUGUGGACUCGUACCGCUGGCCCGAGGACAGCAUGACUCUGCAGACAUGCAAACUUUAAUGCACUGGACAGAGAGACCAGCCAUGGACGGGUACGGAAAAAUGCACAACGUUGGGAUGUGAACAGUGUAGAAUUUUUCUCAUUUAUAUGUUAUUGUUAUUAAACGAGAAACAGAAAGCAGAUUGCAGAACUUGUGAAAUAUUGCACUAACGGUUGUUAUCACGUUACGUUUUAUGAUAGUAUAAUCAAGGGAAGUCCUUCACAGUUUACUUUUAGUUGAGCUGUCAUAGGCAGCUAAUUUAUGACCAUGUCAGCUAUAAUCCAAAAACACUUUGUCAAAUAAAAAUGGUUUUGAUUAAUGUCUGACUGAUACAUUUGUACUGGAAAAAGACGGGUGCGUUAAGAGUUAGACUUGGAUAUAAAAGGGACUUCUUAUUAAAAUAUUAGAACUUUUAAAGUAGCCUCCGGGGAGAAAUGCUGUGAACAAAAGUUUUUUUCUAGUGAGGAACACUGUGGUAUCUCUCUGUAGCUUUAUCAAUGGGCAAGACAGAAUGUAUGGACUGUUCAUUUAGUCUUUAGCCUCAUAACUGUCAUACAUCAUCUCUUGAAGGCUCUACAAUAACCAACUUGAAAUGCACAAAGGUUUUUCUGAAAUGCAUCUUACGGUGCUCUGGCUCCCUUUAGAGGCCAAUUCCUGUCAUUGCAAUAUAAUUGGUUGAAUAUCUUUGUAUGGCCCCAUUAUCAAUUCUAUGUGCAAAUGUAUAUUUUUAGAUUCAUUUUGACAGGGAACAAAAUAACCCUAUUGAGACUUAAUCAGUAUAUGCCAUAACACAAGUCAUUUUCAUGCAACUAUUAAGGGAUCAUGCAUUAAUUGUGGUAUGUGGAACCCAUAAAACGGAGCCGUACACUCAAUUGGUGUGUACAUGUGAGACACAAUAAAAGCGGCAGGGGA